AUGACACCGCCUCCGCCGGGAUGCGCCGCCCUCGGCGCCCGGCGCGCCCGCGCCUCCUGCUCGCCGGCCGGCGGGGCGCUCCCGCUGCGGCUGCUGCUGCUGCUGCUGCUCGGGGCGGCCGCCGCCACCCGGGGCCACCCGCGGAGCGCACCGCGCAUCGCCGCCGUCUGGAGAGGCCGAGCAGGACAGGACCGGGUCGACUUUGGCCUGACUGAACCGCACACGGUGCUUUUCCACGAGCCAGGCAGCUCCUCCGUGCUGGUGGGUGGACACGGCAAGGUCUACCUCUUCGACUUCCAGGAGGGCAAGAAUGCUUCUGUGCGCACGGUGAACAUUACCUCCACCAAAGGGUCCUGCCUGGACAAGCGGGACUGCGAGAACUACAUCACACUCCUGGAGAGGCAGGGGGAGGGACUGCUGGUCUGCGGGACCAACAACCGGCAUCCCAGCUGCUGGAGCCUGGUGAAUGGCACCGCGGAGCCACUCGGUGAGCGGAGAGGCUUUGCCCCCUUCAGCCCAGAUGAGAACUCCCUGGUUCUGUUUGAUGGGGACGAGGUGUACUCCACGAUCCGGAAGCAGGAAUACAAUGGGAAGAUCCCACGGUUCCGCCGCAUCCAGGGCGAAAUUGAGCUGUACACCAGCGACACGGUCAUGCAGAACCCGCAGUUCAUCAAGGCCACCAUUGUGCACCAAGACCAGUCCUACGAUGACAAGAUCUACUACUUCUUCCGGGAAGACAACCCUGACAAGAAUCCCGAGGCCCCUCUCAACGUGUCCCGCGUGGCCCAGCUGUGCAGGGGGGACCAGGGUGGGGAGAGCUCGCUGUCGGUCUCCAAGUGGAACACCUUUCUGAAAGCCAUGCUGGUGUGCAGCGACGCCACCUCCAACAAGAACUUCAACAGGCUGCAGGACGUGUUUCUGCUCCCUGACCCCAGCGGCCUGUGGCGGGACACCAGGGUCUAUGGCGUUUUCUCCAACCCCUGGAACUACUCGGCUGUCUGCGUGUACUCCCUCGGUGACAUAGACCAGGUCUUCCGCACCUCCUCCCUCAAGGGGUACCACUCGAGCCUUCCCAACCCUCGGCCUGGCCAGUGCCUCCCAAACCGGCAGCCAAUACCCACGGAGACCUUCCAGGUGGCCGACAGGCACCCCGAGGUGGCCCAAAGGGUGGAGCCCUUGGGGCCUCUGAAGACACCACUAUUCCACUCCAAAUACCACUACCAGAAAGUGGUUGUCCACCGCAUGCAUGCCAGCAAUGGGGAGACCUUCCAUGUGCUGUACCUAACCACAGACAGGGGCACCAUCCACAAGGUGGUGGAGUCAGGGGAGGGAGAGAGCAGCCUCGUCUUCAACAUCAUGGAGAUCCAGCCCUUCCGCCGCGCGGCCGCCAUCCAGGCCAUCUCUCUGGACCCCGACCGGCGGAAGCUGUAUGUGAGCUCCCAGUGGGAGGUGAGCCAGGUGCCCCUGGACCUGUGUGAGGUCUACCGGGGGGGCUGCCACGGCUGCCUCAUGGCCCGAGACCCCUACUGUGGCUGGGACCAGGGCCGCUGCGUCUCCAUCUACAGCGCCCAAGGCUCCAGGUCAUUGCUGCAGGCCAUUAACCCCGAGGAGCCACACAGAGAGUGCCCCAACCCAAAGCCAGACGCGGCCCCCCUGCAGAAGGUGUCCCUGGCCAGGAACUCCCGCUACUACCUGAGCUGCCCCAUGGAGUCCCGCCACGCCACCUACUCGUGGCGCCAUGAGGAGAACGUGGAACAGAGCUGUGAGCCCGGCCACCAGAGCCCCAACUGCAUUCUGUUCAUCGAGAACCUCACGGCCCGCCAGUACGGCCACUACCGCUGCGAGGCCAAGGAAGGCUCCUACCUCCAAGAGGCUCAGCACUGGGAGCUGCUGCCCGAGGACAGUGCCCUGGCCGAGCACCUGCUGGGCCGUGCCCAUGCCACGGCCAUCUCCCUCUGGCUGGGUGUCCUGCCCACGCUCCUGCUUGGCCUGUUGGUCCACUAGGGCCUCCUGGGUGCGGUCUGCCAUGGGCUUCUGCAGCCCCAGGGGUAUGAGAUGGGUCUCAUGGCAGAGCCUGCCAUGCCAGGAGCUCCUUGCUCACCACUUCUUCCAGAGGGACUGCAAAACACGAUGGGGGACACCCGGCUUAGAGCUGGCCAGCCGCAGGCGGCUGCUGGGCCCCGAUGGGGUGGGGGCAGUGGGCACCGGAGGAUGAAGGCGCUGACUGUGAAGCUGGGGCCUUAGUGACCCAAGACUUUAUCUUUGGAGACUAUUUUUCAAAAAUUCCUCAAACUUGACUAAAUGCAAUGAUGUUCCCAGCCCAAGAGCCCGUGGGCCAGAGAGUGGGGUGUGCAAAGGGGAGCUGGACCUCUCUGGGCCUAGGGGCGGGGCCCUGAGUCCUCUGGACUCUGUGCCCAAAUUGCCCCUCGUCCUCCCACCUGCCAUCACUGGGGUGGGGUGUUCCUGAGGCCCCAGGCGGCCCUGGCCCUCUGCAGCCCUCGCCAGCCCUGGCCCCACCGGGCAGCCGCCUUGCAUGUUUAUUGAAGGAUGUUUGCUUUCCCAACAGGACGGAAAAAGCUCUAUUUUUACGUUAGGCUUAUUUCAUGUAUAGCUACUUCCGACUGCAUCUGUAUGAAAAUACCAAAUCUACAUGCCGGGGUGGGGUGGGCGA